GCAACUCGAGCCUGGUGGAGGAGCAACUAAAGCCUGGCGGAGGAGCAACUAAAGCCUGGCGGAGGAGCAACUAAAGCCUGGUGGAGGAGCAACUAAAGCCUGGGAAACACUGGGAGUUAAUUAUUACAUUUAAUUUACGGCUCUGACUGUAUUGUUCCUUUUUGGAGGAAGGCUAUUCUCCUGAAGAUUUAAUUUCAGAUUAUUAAGAAUUGAUUCGUCACUUAUUAAUCCGUUCAGAUAUUUCCAGUCUUAUUCCUCAUUUUAUCCCUGAGGAAAUCUGUUUGCUAUACAAGGAAAACCUGAAUUUUGUCUGUCAUGUCAGAAAUGUCUGGAUGGUAUUUCCUUCUUCCUCCAGAAACUCGUCUCUUUGCCUGAAGGACAUUCCAGACUCCCAGGAACAUUCCUGCCCCGUUCCAGAGCCAAGUAAGACUUUUUCUGAUCUCCUCUGACUUCCUCCUGUGACUCAUAGUGAAAGCAGCUUCCAUCAUCGUCCGGCCUGGGAGGAAGCAGCAGCGAGGUAAGAGUUAACCGCCCUGCUGUACCAACCGGUUCCUGAUCACCUGCAGCACGACUUCCUGUGAAAGGAGACUCAGUGUUUGUUUGCAGCCGGUUUGAGCCUCUGAUCAUGUUUGCUUCCAGAGUUUUCUGCAGAUUCGGUGUCAGAUUCUUUCAAAGGGCGCGACCCAGAGUUUACACGUCCAGUCCUUUCUGGUCCAACUCCGUCAUUUCCAGCUUCAGCAGUAAAUCUACAUCCAAAGAUGUUUCUGUGCGCUACAGCUUCGGGCGGCCGGUUCUGUCCCUGCGGCUGCCGGCGGGUCGGUUCUGCCGCUUCGCGCUGACGCCGAUGCUGACCUCGGUGGGCGACCUGCUGAGCGACCUGAGGGCUAAAGACGGCUCUGUGGGGGACGCCGCGCUCUUCAACAGCGACGGACAGAGAAUCUCCUCCUGCACGUUGAUGGAAACGGUUCUGAACAGCAACUUCCAGAUCCACAUCGAUGACGUCGUCUACAGCGUUCACUCGCUGAGACAAGGCUCGUCCAGCGCACACGUGUUGGGUCUGGACGACAUGAAGCACACGGUGCAGCUCCUCCACGCCGCCCUGAAGCGGCUGCACCUGCAGCAUGCGGCGCUGCUGGCCAGGAAGGAGACGCUGGCAGGGCAGCUGCAGCCGCUGGAGGACGUCAAAGUUCAGCUGGCGAAGGAAGCAGAGCGGCGAGCGAUGCUGGUGGGGUGGGUGGGGCUCGCCUACCUGUCGCUGCAGGGGGGAUUCCUGGGAUACCUCACCUGGUACGUGUUCGCCUGGGACGUCAUGGAGCCCGUCACCUUCUUCAUCUCCUGCGCCACCAGCAUGCUCUUCUUCGGCUACUACCUCCUGACCAAGCAGACAACAACGAGACCCACUACAGAGAGGAAAUUCAGCAGCUCACUCAGUGGUGUUCAGCCAAUAACUUGGUGCUGAACACAGGGAAGACCAAGGAGGUCAUUGUGGACUACAGAAGGUCCAGGAGGACGGGUCACACUCCCCUUCUCAUAGAUGGAGAAGAGGUGGAGCGUGUGGACAACAUCAAGUUCCUGGGCCUCCACAUCACGUCUGACCUCUCCUGGAAUACCAACACCUCCCACCUGGUGAAGAAAGCACAACAAAGGCUCUUCUUCCUCAGGAAACUGAGACGGGCUGGACUUUCCUCAUGGCUGCUCGUGAACUUUUACAGGGCGACGAUCGAGAGCGUCCUCUGCCUCAACGUGACUGUGUGGUAUGGUGGCUGCACAGCACUACCAUACCACAGAGGAGAGGAAACAACUGACACGGGUGGUGAGAACAGCACAAGGCAUUGUGGGAUGCCCCCUCUUCUUGGUGUGGUUGAGUGCCUUUAGUUCAUUUUAGUUGUAUAUAUUAUUAUUAUUAUUGUGUGUUUGUUUAUUUAAUAAUGUAUAUUUUGACUUUUUGCACGGGAGUUGCAAUAGAAAUUUCGUUGAAUCCUGUUCAAUGACAAUAAAUGCUAUUCUAUUCUAAUGUUUCAAUGCUUGCUGCUAAUAUUUCAAUGCUAGUUGCGAAUGUUUCAGUGCUAGCUGCUUAUGCUUCAGUGCUAGUUGCUACUGUUUCAAUGCUCGCUGCUAAUGUUUCAAUGCUAGCUGCUAGUGUUUCAGUGCUAGUUGCUAAUGUUUCAGUGCUAGCUGCUACUAUUUCAAUGCUCGCUGCUAAUGUUUCAGUGCUAGUUGCUAAUACUUCAGUGCUAGUUGCUAAUGUUUCAGUGCUAGUUGCUAAUACUUCAUUGCUAGUUGCUAAUUUUUCAGUGCUAGCUAAAGUAUUAAACUCUAAGCUGCAUCAACCUGUCAUGUCAGGAUUUUUAAAUGUAUCUUCGUUCUCUGGAUGUUGGAUGGUUUGUAUCAUUUUUGCUUUGAGCUUCAUAGUAAAUUUGU